GCUUUAGACUGGUGAGUUAGGUGUGGCCAUUCAUUCCAUGGAUGCUUGCUUUGGUCUAACUCGCAAAAAGUUGGCAGGGAAUAGUUUUGCUGUCCAAAACCAUGGCUGCCUUAUAUUUGCUGAUCAGGAUGAAGUAGAUGAUUUUGUUGAUCAUUAUAGCAAAUCUAAUAACAAAGUAGUAGAGAGUUGUCAGAUAUUUAAGGCAGGAGAAGUUACAGAAGCACUUCACUCCAAAGGAAAAAGUCAACUGUUUGAUGAAAAAGGAGUGUUUGGUAGUUGUUGCAUUAGGCAUUCACACGCUGGACGAUUUUUCAGCACUAAAUAUGGGGAAAGAAUUUCGUAUUCGCUGUUCCUAAUCCAAAGCAUUUUAAAAGAUGCUGACCAAAGUCCUGGUGUUGAUUUAAAAAUAAUGUAUGAUAUUGGAUGUGUAUUAUCAUCACAUUUAAAGGCAAACAAGAGGCAUGACAUUUUGUCAAAAGUGUCAUUUUCGGUGCCGAUAUUUUAUUGUUAUGGACACAAGGCUUCAUGCCAGGUCAAGUUCAGUCCUAGAAGGCUCGAUGGUUUUGGUCUUACAGAUUGUGAGGCUAUUGAAAGGCUCUGGGCUUACCUUCGUGGGUUCUCAGCAAUUACUAAGGAGAUGUCUGCCAGUAGAAGAGUAGAUCUUUUGAAAGACGCGCUUCUUCACUUAUCUCGAAGAAAUUUUAGCAAUGCAGGAAAAUCAUUAACGUCGAAGCUUAAAAAAUGUCUACAACAUAAAAUCAAAACGCAACAAGAAAUGAAGAAUUUAUUUAGCGAACUACCUGUGACGUACGAUCCUGAAAUUGUUCGUCAGUGGAAGGCCAGAGAGAAGGAAAUUAUGUCAAGAGUCUACCCAGAACAUAAAGAAACCACGGAGAACUGGAAAGUGACGUACGUUCAAAAGGUACUGCAUUUUAAACAACUAAGUGCUACAUCAUUCGGAUGUUUUGAAGAAAAACAUCAGAUAACAUCUGAAGAUUACUCAAUUGAUCAGAUGUCGAAAGAACUAUACCAGUUUCGAAAGAUUUUAAAAGAUAUUGAACGAAAGCAUUCUGUAAAAGAAAGAUGGAAACCUGGUCAUCCUAAUUUUAACGUCGUUGCAUUGCAAGUCAUACAAAGAGAAAGAAGUAUGCAGAUGGUCAGAAAAUUGCCAAUCGCUUGUCCAGGCAAAUCACCAAAAUCACGAACAAGAUGAAUUUAACAAUUGAGAAACACAAUGCUGCCAUUGAUUCUCUUAGUGAUUUUAUAAACCAUUUACCCGAUCGUCUGACAUUUGACAAAGCGAAAGAUCCUACAUCAGACGUUUAUGAGGGAUUUGAGUCUGGUGAUGAUGACAUUCUAGGGGAAGCCUCGAUCCCAGUAUACACAAAGAGGAAGGCUAUUGAAAUGUACUUAAUCCUAAAACGAUGUGACGAGGAAGAGAAACUUUUAAACUUGGAAAGAUAAAGGCUUCUUUUGUAUUACACCAAUCUUAGCUCAAAAAUUGAGGAAGCACUUGCUGAUCAUGGUGAUUUGAGGAGCGAUGAAUUCAUGCUUGGUUCAAAGCAUGAACUGAUAAGAUUUAAAACCAAAUUGCGGAAUGAGUUGUUCAGCUUGAAGAAAAGUUUUGAGCUUCCACUUGGAGAAACUUUUCUUCUCCAGGCUGAGAUUGUCAACCUAACCAAUGAUGUCAACAUUCCCAAUGAAUUUGAAAGCUCACCGUAUGAGGAAUCCGAUACUGAAGAUGAAAACAUCGAAGAGCUCUCAGAAGUGGACAGUGAUAUUGAAUAGACGACAUAGCUACUAUUCGUAAACUAAUAGCUACUUUUUAUGUACUUAUUAUGUAAUUUAGUUGUUCACGCAUCUAGUAUAAUAACUGAUAUCACGCAAA